AUGAAAUAUGUUGCUAGUGAAUUUCAAAGGAUUAGAAAACUGAUGGAUUUAAACGGAUUUCAAAAUUCUGCGGACUAUCCAGUUGGAAUGGAGAUAAUGAAUGAAUUACUUAAAUUGUUGGUUCUCAGGGAGGAUGAAUUUACGAAGAUGAGGGUCGUUCAUUAUGGAAAAUCGCAUGUCCUUGAGCCUAAUGGAUAUUUUGUGACUCCAUCGGAUGUCGCUACAGGGGAUGGUGAUCCAGAAGAUACCUCAAAUCCUUCUCGAAUAAAUUCAACUACAUCUCCAAAUGAAAUUAUAGAACUUGUAAAGGAAGCUCUCAUGUCUGAUGAUUUUGAAUAUGUUACUACAAUAUUUGAUCAAUUAGUAUUUGGAAUAAGUGAUAACGUUGGCAAUGAAAUUGUUGCAGCGACUAUUUCUGACUUAUUUGAUAAAAUUGUAUCGUUAAAACCUGAACCAUCUCCACAUCUCAAAAAUUUACUGUUAAUGCUAUCUUCAAAUCAUCGGCCGCAGUUUUACAAACAAAUGCUUGCUUGUGUUGCAUCAGACUCUGAACAAAAAGUUGUUGAAUAUCUUCACUUGAUUUUUAUACUUAGAAAUUAUAUGAGCGGUAUAGAAUUAUUCAUGCAGGAUGCCGAAUUAUUAAGUGUUGUUAUUUUAAGUGAUGUUGGGCGUGACUUAGCCAAGACUGCAUCGACUACAAGUAGCACUUCUAAAAUUCCAUGGGGCUCUACAACCUUAGGACAAUGUGUUAUUAUUAUAGAAUUCAUUUUUACAAUACAACAGAUGAGACUAAAACCUGAGAAAAAAAAAGAUUAUAAGGUAGAAUUAUAUGCAAAAAAUUUUUUAAAUGAUUUAGAGCGCCGGUUGGCGGUAUUUAUAGUUGCAAAAGAAAAAUCAAAAUUGAUCCCAAUGCCAUUGCGUGUUUUACUUUGUAAAUUAUUUUUUGAAAUUAGGAUGUAUUGUAAAACAACGCCAGGUUGGUUGUCACGGAUGAUAGAUUGGUUAACUUUCUCGACUCCUAAUGCGGCAAUUUAUAGAGAUUCUUUGAUAAAGGGCAUAAGCGCAUACGAUAUAUCUACUUAUCUCUCGGAAUUUAAUAUAAGUUCUAAUCAAAUGAGUGAUGUUGAACUUUUGUUUGAAAGAAUAAGAAACGUAUAUACAACUUUAGAUCAAAGAAUUUCAUCUAGUCUUACUGAGGACACUAUAUCAAAUGUUCCAGUACCAGUAAUGCCCAAUCCUAUACCGAUUGUUUCGUCAAGUAUAUCGACACCUUUAUCAAAAUAUAGUAACAUACUACAACAAUAUACGAGUAUGCAAAUGUUAAAGCCUGCCAUGAAUAAUCAAUCUCAUUAUUCAUCAAAGUUAUCUAAACAUCGCCUUCAACAGUUGAAAUCUUUCAAUGAAGAACCUGCCGGUUCUAUUUUAUCACUUCUUGUAGCCGUUUAUUCCACUCUUUCAGUAGAUGAAUUUUCCCAAUUGGGACUACACAUCUGGAACAAAUUAUUGAACGAUAGGGAACACAAACCUUUUGCUUCAGCAUCGUUUUUAUUUAUACAAUGCAGUGAAAAAUCUCCUGAUACUAUAAAGGAGUUGAUAAUGAGAGACCUUUAUAGCACAAAUGCAUUAAUUCGUGCUAUUACAAUUCGUAAACUUUCGUCUUUAUUUGGUCAUCGAAAUCAAUUGUUGACUCAACCAUAUAUACCUGAGCCUAAUCGUAAACGUCCUUUUCGUGCGCAAGCCCCGGCUAUCCCUUUUGUUCCUACUGAAUUAGGGAGUCAAGAAAUGAUGUAUGAGCCAUCUAGAGUACCGAAUAUGACUACAGAUGAUCAUUUAGCUGUUGAUGUACGUAAAAUAAUUUCGGAGUUAAGCUGGGAGGAGGAUGAUAAUGUUGAUGAACAUCUUAAACGCAUAAAAACUCCCAUAUCUGUUUUACCAACAUUUUAUCUCGAUGAGGAAGAAUUUAAAGUUGAAGAGGAAAUGUCAUUCCAAAAGACCCGUGAAAAGAUGAUGAGUACACGUAUUAGUGGUAAUUCAGUUCAAAAAACUAAUAUUACAAAUACAAGUAAACGGCGAGCAAUAUCGAUUCCAAUAUUAAGUUCUUUCUCUUUAAGACUUGUAGACUUGUUGGAUGAUGCACAUGGUGGCGUGUUUAAUCUGACUAAAGAACUUAUAAUUUAUUUCCUACGAGAUGAUCCGCAUUUGUUUCUUCGAGUAUUUUUUAGUGAUUUGGGUGCAUCAGAUUUUGAUUCCCAAAAGGAACUGCUUUCAAGAAUUCGAUUUCUUGUUUCAAUGCAGCAUGUGCAUCCUCCAAAUUUUGCAUACAUAUUAUUUAAUCAUCUUUCAGGAAUGCUGAAAUGGUAUUCUCGCGAAAAUAAAGACAAUGGACUCAACGUUAUGACGUAUGCCAUUCCAACUUUGGCAGAAAUGGUUCCUGUUGUUAACGAUAUGACUGUUCGAGAUUUUCGCAAAAAUAAAAUAGAAAACUUUCUUUGUAAUAAUGGGCAGUUUUGGUUUACUGAAGGAACUCCAAAGUCAAUGUUUCCUCGCAAUAUGACAGAUGAUAGAAUUAUCUUUGAUAUUCUGGCAGUACCGAUUGAUAUUUUCCGGGUCGCUAUACUUCGAGUUGGACAAAUUCAUUUAGUGACUAAUUUUGUAACAAAGUUCCCACGUGAAGUAUAUUCUGUCAAAAAGAUGAUUAGUGCAUUUGAACCUACACCAUAUGAUCAUGAACAAUUGCAAAAUUUAUCUAAUGAGGAAGAUCGUUUCAUUCCAGAUAUGCAAAAAACAAAUAGUAAGUUAAGUGCACUUAAUAGUAUUCUUACACGGAAAAGAAGGGAUACCAAAUUAUUAUCAGCUUUGCGUGCGAGAGCAUGGUUGAACUUUUUGAUAGAGGUUUUGAAGAGAUUAAAUACAAAUCACAAUGAUCGAGAUGAACUUGACAAAUUUUUAAGUGGAGCAAACAAUAUUCUUUUAGAGCAUACAAGUGAUUAUGGUAUUGUUGGACAAACACUUGUCUUAUAUAUUACCGUUGUCACUAGGUUUCGUAGAUUAUUUGAUACAAACCGUGGAUAUUCCAUAUUUAUUCCAACAUUGUUUAAGGUAUUUUGUGAGACAGAAAAAAUUCAACCUAUUCGGACAGCCAUCAUAACUGCGUGGGGCAUAUUCUUUCGUGUUCAUGGAGAAUCGUUUAUUUUUCAAGCACUUGGAUGUUUAACUCCAUUAAUUUUAAAAGGUUCUGCGAAAUCAUCAAAAUCUGGCGAAUGGAUGUGUUCUGCUCUUUAUGAAUUGUUCAAAUCAUUAAAUACUUCAACGAAUUUAACUGAUUCACUUGGAAUAAGUCAUGCAUUUAGUAACCUCAAUACAACAGAUCCCUUAUUAUUUAAUCCAGUACAACUAUUAAAUUCCACAUUUAAUUCUACAUUUAAUUCUACAUUUAAUUCCACAUUUAAUUCCACAUUUAAUCCCACGUUUAAUCCCAUGUCUAAUUCCACGUAUAAAAGAACCACUAAUAUUUAUUCGGGUAAAACAAUAGCUAGUUUAUUGGGAUUGCAAGAAGAUCAAACAUUUACGUUGGAUAAUUUAGUUAGAUUAUUCAUAACUAUAAUUGCUUAUGAUCCUGGAUCUUUAAGAGCUGAGCAAUUCGUUCAUAUUCUACAAUAUUUAAUUCCACAUUUUUUGAAUGAAUCUUCUUCGGUUAGAACAUUGGUGGAUGAAGGGAUGACGGCUUUAACAGAGGUGUUUCUAAAAUUUUCCAAAUCGUCGAAACCGUUGAUUACAUCUACAGGAGUCUCCGGAAGUGGAACAAUAAAUCUAAGUCCAGAUGAAGAAAUUGAUUCAAAUGAUGCUUUUGAUGGCGUUCAAUUUGUUACUGAAGCAACUACACAAGCUUUUGGAAAAAAUUGGCAACAAAAUGAUCGUAUGACGAUCAAAAAACAAUUCUUAAUAUUGGUGCAAAUUUAUCGACAACAUGAUGGAAUGCUUUCAGAUAAUUGUCAUAAUAAAAUAGCCCAAAUCAUUCGUAUGAUAAUCAAAGAUUACGCAACUAUCAAAAUGCGUAUUUCUACUAAUUUUCUUAAAAAUUAUAUUAAAAAUUCUUUGCUAUAUAAUACCACAUUUGAAGAUGGUCGAAAACCCAUAAUGGCGUUACUACGACAGGUUUCCUAUGCAUUCCGUCACUAUUACAAGCACGUUGAUUUUUCGGGUUUCAUCGAUGGGCUGGCCUUAAUUGUAAAUGACAAGGCAGAAUUUGCAAUUAAUGAUUCCGCAAUGGCGGUUUUGAUAAAAGAAAAAUUUGUAUCAUUGGGGCUACUUAUGGUUUUGAAGCCUGACUGGGAAGAUGCUGCAGAGACUAUGCAACUUCGUUUAUGUAAUAGUUUAGUAAAUUUAUUUGUUGCUAUGAUGACUUAUUCGACGCAUGAUAUGUUAUCAGAACUUGAUAAAUAUCCUCCUUCACAUACAUUGAUGGCAUACAUAAUCAUUCCCGUAUGCUUACAAUACAAAGAGGCUGCAAUAUUUACACCGUUUCCAAUGAAUUUUAAUCCACAUGAAACAAAUGCAAGAAUUGUUUGGUGUCGUCUUUUAGAUUAUAUAACAAAAGCAUAUUAUAAAAAUAAAGAAAUAUAUGAAAACGAAGAAGAAAAUCAAAACAAACCAAUUUCAAUGAUGGAGACUACAGUUUCCUUUCUAUUGGGCUUUACAGCAUUGAAAAUUUUAAUGGUCCGUGCAAAUAAAUAUAUUACUCAAUCAAAAGGCAUGUGGGUUUAUAUUGCACAGUUUGUAAGACAAAUUUUAGCAACAGCUAGUGCACCUCAAUCUGGACAAUGGUCUGGUGCGUCAUCUCCUGGAGCUAGCAAUACUAGUGUUAAUAUUGCUGUGGGUCCCUUAGAAAAUUAUCUUGUAUCCACGCCAGGCGAUAAAUCAAAUAAUUUGAAUCUGAACGCGAAAUCUCCCUCUUCAUCUGCAACAGAUUUUGCAUUAUGGACAUUUAUCGAAUUGAUUUUAUCACAUAAGCUACCAAUUAACUUGUAUUUACGAACAUUUAUACAUCAAAAACUUCAAUAUUCUACAAUCGUAAAAUCAUCACAACCUCAAACACCUAAUAGUCCUAUCAUUACAGUAAAUAAUCGUGAAUCAAAAUGGAAAAGUUGGGGUGGUCCACCUGUUGGAUUCCAACAAGUGUUAUCUAAGUCUUUGGAAAAAGACUCAAACAUUCAAGGGUCCAAUAAAGAUGUGGUUGAGUUGUCAGAAGGCGGUAUUCUUUCUUCAAAUUAUGAUUCACCAAAUGAUCUUAAUAUUAUUCCACAAUUUAAUGCAUCCGUUGUACAAACUAUUUAUAGUUCGCACCAUAAUAGUAGUAUACAAAAUUUGAUCAGCGAAACAUUAAAUUCAUAUUUAAAUGUACGUAAUCUGAUGGGAUACAGUAAUAACGAUAAUUCUGAAUUAAGGGCUUGGAGCUAUAAACAAGUUUUAGAGAAAUUAAAAGAGGAAAAGAAAUUAAUAUUGGCAGUUUAUAAAGAAUCAUUUAAAGCCUCUGGACCUGAUGGAGUUACAAAUCAAGGAACUGAUAUUUAA